AUGUUUAUGUUACGAUAAGUGAAAGUCAGAGAUCAGCUUUUGAGUCUCACGCGUCAGUUACGUUAAAGACACCAGGGACAGUGUUUGCAUCAAUAAAACCGGAAAUAAAAAUGGUUCUAACCCUAUACAAAUUGGACGCAAGCCCGCCAGUUCGCGCCGUGUAUAUGACUAUUGAAGCCCUAAAUCUUUCUGAUGUACAAUACAUAGACACGAAUUUAUUCAAAGGGGAGCAUCUCACAGAAGAAUUUAUACAGAUGAAUCCUCAACAUACUAUUCCUACGCUAAAAGAGGACGACUUCGUUAUAUGGGACAGCCACGCGAUCUGCGGAUAUCUGAUAGCGAAGUACGGCAAAGACGACUCACUUUAUCCGACCGAGCCUAAGCAGAGAGCAAUUAUCGACCAGAGAUUGCAUUUCGAUAGCGGCGUAUUAUUCCCAGCCAUUCGUGGAACUUUAGAGCCUAUACUUUUCCAUGGACAGAAGUACAUCAAGGAUGAAGACAUUGUGAAAAUAAACUCUGCAUACACUCUGAUAGAGAAAUUCUUUACCGCACCGUGGCUGGCUGGUGAUGAGUUGACGCUAGCUGACAUCUGCUGCGUUUCUAGUAUCAGUACUUUAAAUGAAAUCGUACCGAUCAACGGAAGCUUGUACCCCAAUCUACUGGCAUGGCUGGAGCGUUGCUCCAAUGAAGACAUUUGCAAAAAAGGCAACGAACCCGGCUUGCUACAAAUCCGUCAAAUGUUGAAGUCGAAACUCGAAUAAAGGGAUACAAUAACUACAUCAUCAUCGUUAUAAACAACUAUUCACCGUCUGUUAUUGAAUAUUCAUACAAUACUGGAAUUAAUAGUGUUCAAUAUAAUAUAGCACUUUAAAAAGGAAUUUGAUUAACUUAGUGAACUGUACUUAUCACUAAAAAUGCGAAAAAUUGUAAAAAUAAGAUACUUAGGCUUAUGAGAAUAAUUAAAGAUAGUGUUCCACAAAAAAAAAAGAC